AUGGCGGCGAUCCUCGCCAGCGGUGGCGGUUGUGACCUGGUGGAUUUAGUACUGGCAACUUCAAAAUCCAUCUUGCAGAUUGCCAAAGUUCUCAGUGGUCGCCAAGCAGAGAGAGAAGUCAAAAAGCUCUUGCGUCACUUCAUCGUUCACUGCAUGCUGGUGUUUGACCAGGUCCAGCGUAUUAGGAUUAUAAUGGUCCCAAAAAAUGACCUCCUUCUUCGAGCUCUUGGGUUGUUUGAGUCGCUUAUCGCGCUCGAUGGCACAUCAAAUCGUCCUUAUGCACGUCAGCAGCGACUCAAUGAGCAUUGGGAUUCCAUACGAACCCAGAAUGCCGAUGCCAAAUUUGCCUUUGCCAGCCAUUGUUUGGCUUUGGACCAAGCUUCGGCUCUACAUGCUUUGGAUGAGUCCUUCAAUGUAUGGGAGGAAGAUGUCAUGGCAAAAUAUCCAGACGACGGACUGGACUGGUCAUUAGAUGACUACAGCCCACCAAAGGAGAGACGACCGGAGCCGUCAUACGCUGUACAUAGCGCAGCACGGUCGAUGUUCAAGGCUCUUGCUCGAAGCACCAGUUGUGAGUGCUGUACCAAGCAUGAUGCUCGGCUCUGUCUUCGCACAUACAGGACGCUUGAAGUUUAUCAAGACCAUGAUAACGAAACCAAUGACUUUGAGAUGCUCCUUUCAUCUCAUUAUGACUGGCAAGAAACACACAUUCACACCAUCCGAAAACGGAUUGUGCGCUUCAUCGUCGACAACGAGACCCAACCAUCGCCACCACCGAAGAAACCACUGGGCUACAAGCCUAUGCCAGUCAAGAAACUUUGCGAUCAGCUAAGAAAGAUGGAACAAAUGGCCUCAAAAAGACUCGAGUUCAAGGUCGAGAACGGUCGUCUCUUGAAGCUGCGGUCGGAAAAGAGCAAGUUUCGCAUCGACAAAAGAAAAGCCCCCAUGUCAUUACAACAGUUCAUCAGAGGAAGCCCCCGAUCUCUGACAGAAAAGACGAAACGAAUCCUCGCUGUUUUAUUAAGCUACACAGUCCUUCAUUUGCAUGACACCCCAUGGCUUCAACCCAGUUGGGAUUCUUCAAACAUCUUUUUCUUUCAGACAUUAUCCUCCAAUAUUCCCUUAAGGCCUUUUAUCCAAACUCAACUGACUGUCCAAGAUCUGAAUGAUCAGGGGCAAGAUGAGCAAAAGCCGCAAUCUAAUGCCAACAGCGUUGAGUUCCUUGAGAGAGAUCCUGACGAUCUGGACCCCGAUGACCUCGAUCCCGACGACAUAUUCACGGAUCCCGAUGAUAUCGAGCACCCAUUUCCAACUCUAGUUACCCUUUCUAUUGUGCUCAUGGAGCUAUAUCUAGCGGCGCCGUUCGACAUACUCGCCAAGAACCGUGAGUUGUACUUUCCAGACAACGUCGACAGUCGAACAAGAUCACUCGAUGUAGCAUCCGUAUUCAACGAAUACAAGCGGGAGAUUCCUCAAAAUUCUCGAUUCCAUUAUGCUUUAGAAAAGUGCCUUGAUCCCAGGACCUGGGAAGACGACGGUGGUCGGAAGCUUGAUGAUCAAGCACUGAGUGUCAGGAUUUAUGAAGAGGUUGUCCGGCCACUUGAAGAUGAGCUUUGCGAUGCUUUUGACUUUAUCAAAAUCGAGGAGCUCGAUGCAACCGCUGAGACUUUGGACUUCAGGAGCUGGGGACAGGCCAUUUACCAACACGAGGAAGAUUCGUCUUCUAGGGGCACACCAGUAUCUCUAACAGAGGGAACAUUCUCUAGUCAACGCCGUGAUUGGGCAAAAGUGAACGACUCUGUUUCGUCCUAUCUUCCUAGUCCUAAUUUCGAAUCGGGCCCUUACUCAGCUACCGGCUCUGAGUACGUGGCCGCGAAGUUCUAUGACGAUGAAAAGCCUUCCGAGAGCCAUUCACGUUUAGAAAAGGAGGAUUAUAUGCAAUGGAGAUUGAAACAUCAAGCAGUCCUUCGGAAGUUUAUAGAUCCCUUUCUGAAACAACCACUAGAGAAUCCCGUCAAAAUUGCGGUCCUUGACUCUGGUGUAGACGACACACAUUUCUCACUCGACACUGGUCAAAUUAAACUUAAGAGAAACUGGACGACAGCAAAGAAGAAAGAUGUCACAGAUAACGUUGGCCAUGGAACCUUUACAGCUAGUCUAUUGAUAGAUUAUGCUCCGGAUUCGGAAUUGUUCAUUGCCAAGAUUGCUGAAGGGAUUCCCUCGCCGCCUGAAGUCGUUUCACAGGCAAUAAGAACAGCUGUAGAUGAGUGGAAGGUCGAUAUUAUCUCCAUGUCUUUUGGAUAUCCCACCAACCAGAUGGAAGGCUAUGAGCAGCUUGAAAGAGCAAUAUUAUAUGCCUAUUCCAGGGGGGUUCUUCUUUUUGCAGCUGCCUCAAACAGCGGGGCGAACCUGGACCGAGCCUAUCCUGCUCGCGAUCCUCACGUCAUCUGCGUCCACUCAACAGAUUCGAACGGAAACAGGUCGAAAUUCAGCCCAACGCCGCUUGCUCGAGAAUCCAAUCUUGCUACCAUCGGGGAAGCGAUCGAGUCUGCAUGGCCUGUGAAGCUCUGCAACACAGAAACAAACUCACGAUGUGUCCAAUGGAAGUCGGGAACCUCAUUUGCCACACCAAUCUUAGUAGGCAUUGCAGCAUUCCUCUUGCAGUAUACCAGAAUUCACCUGCCAGACAUAGCCCAUAUGUUGAAGCGUCAAGAGAAGAUGAAGAACGUGCUUUUGAAAAUAUCUGACAAGACUCAGCAAUCCAUAACCCGUGAUGGUUAUAGCUACAUUGCACUCAAUCUGUUUGCGGAUAAUCUACUUGGGAAAAGCAAAGUUUUUAUAGAUGAGACCAUCGGGGAGUUGUUGAAACGUUAG